AAUCUGCCAGUGUAUUGGCUUUGGAGACUUUAAUUGAGUGCUUUUUUGAAAAACUUGAAUUGACGACGAGUCGACGAUCGAUGAUCGUAUUCGUGAUCGUCGUCGUCGUGAUUCGAAACAUUGUGAUUGUGAGUUAAAUUAUUGCACUCGAGACGUUAAGUUGUUGCCGUGAUGUGAUGACAAAGAUCACCGGAGAGGAAUUAAAUUCGUUAGUUGUAUUUAUUUUCGCCGUUAGAAGAAGAAUAUUUCAGCUCCCGGUCCCCACUUACGAAAUUUCUAAAAUUUGUUGGAGUUGUGGACCUCACAGAGAGGUCCAUAAGAUUAUACUUCUGUUCUUAUUUUUCUGCUGACUAAUUUCGAUAAUGCAAAGUGAAUAUCUAUAUACUUCUAGCCUUUUGUUGAUAAGCCGGUCCGCAGUUUGAUAUUUCGAUAUUUACAAACGAAGUUUGUAGUUGUUCGAUCAGAAAAGAAAAAUUCUCCUCAAAUCGAUCAAACUUUAUGAUGAAGAAUAUUUCAAAAAGUCUCAGUCUCAGUGGUGUUAUACUCCUCGCAAGUCGACUCAGAAGUUAAUUUAAUCUUGCAAAGUUCAACUGAACAAUUAAACUUGAAUUUCGGAAAGUGCGCGUAAAUAAAUACAAAAUUAAAAAAAAACUUAUUCACAGAAGCAAAACAGAAAACGCAAAAUAUAAUAAAGUACGCAAAACAAAAAAAAUACUAAGAGGAAAAAUUACUCAAAGUGAAAAGAAGAAGUGAAAAGAAAUCAGAGUGAUCGUCAUUUGAUCGUGUAUUGGUGAAUUAAAAUUGAAUAAAAUAAAAUACUCUAUAAGAACCCCCACAUAAAUAUAUAAAACAUGAGUUUGUGGUUAAUGAUAAAAUGAUCGUAGUAUUUGUGAAUUCAGUACAGAAUAUAUUUACGAAGUUAUAUUACGAGACAUUGGUCUCAUUCGGGAUAGAAGAAGAUAAAAACGCGGAAACAGAAUAAGAAACAAAAUACACACAUACACUUAUAAGUUUUCGAAAUAACUUUUUUUUUAAGUAUCGAUGUGUUUUUACCUCCUUUAUCUAUUAUCUUUAUGGUUUAUGAUUUAUCAGUGUGUGUACCGCAUUAUCAGUGAAAGAAUUUAUCAAUUCAUAACUUGUGCCAAGAAAUAAUCCUAUCAGGAGUAAAGGAGUCCCUUAAAAAGGAAAGCAACAAAGUCAACGUAGAAGCUGAAAACAAAAAAGAACAAGAUCAACAACGCGUCCCUAAGAAAGCACGCAAAAAGAACGACGAAGUGGUUGCUUUUGGCUGAUAAUUUAUUAUAUUUAGUUCAAUCUCCAAUUUAAAAAGAAAAACAAAUAUUGAUUGAGUAAUAACCUAAAAACCUAAAACUAAACAACCAAAAUGGACUCAUUUAGCAAUCAAUGGUCUACACCUCCACGACCAUCAGAUGAUAGUUUACAAAUGGAUUUAGUUGCUGAAUUACACGACGGAGGCUUUGAACCUCAGACUAGGGCAAGAUCGAAUACUUGGCCAUGUCCAAGGCCAGAGAAUUUUGUUGAGCCAAUAGAUGAUUUAGAAAGCACAAAGGCAAGCAACCAGCAGCUAUCAGGAGAUUCUCAACAAGCUGUUUCCCAGAAUGUUGGAGCAUCAAAAAAGAAUUCAUCAAGGCGUAAUGCCUGGGGUAAUUUAUCAUAUGCAGAUCUUAUAACACACGCAAUAGGAUCGGCAACGGAUAAAAGAUUGACACUAAGUCAAAUUUAUGAAUGGAUGGUUCAGAAUGUGCCAUAUUUUAAAGAUAAAGGGGAUUCAAAUAGUAGUGCUGGAUGGAAGAACUCAAUCCGACACAAUUUGUCACUGCACAAUCGUUUUAUGAGAGUUCAAAACGAGGGCACUGGCAAAUCAUCAUGGUGGAUGCUGAAUCCAGAUGCAAAGCCAGGAAAAUCGGUUCGUCGGAGAGCAGCAUCAAUGGAGACGUCUAAAUAUGAGAAGCGAAGGGGACGUGCUAAAAAGCGCGUCGAAGCACUUCGAAAUGCCGGUGCUACUGGCUUAAAUGAUGCCACCCCAUCGCCAAGCAGUAGUGUUAGUGAAGGACUAGAUCAUUUUCCAGAGAGUCCUCUUCAUAGUGGUGGUGGAUUUCAAUUGUCCCCUGAUUUCCGUCAACGGGCAUCGUCAAAUGCAAGUUCUUGUGGCCGCCUGAGUCCCAUACCAGCAAUGGUAGGCCUGGAACCGGAUUGGGGAUUUCCGGCGGACUACACCAACACGAACAUAACGCCAGCGCAAGCAAAUACUCUUGACCAAUUGGCGGGAUCUCUGGCCGAUGAAUUGACGCUACAAAAGGACUUCUUACAGGGGUUUAGUGCAGCUUCAGGCAUACCCAAUCAACCACCACCUCCGUACCAACCGCCACAGCAAAAUAAUUAUUCAAUUAAUCCGGCAGUCGUUCAAUCCUAUGGAAUGCAACAAAAUCAAUGUCCACUCCAUCACUCACUGACCUGCACUUGUUUGCACAACUCAAGAGAAGGAUUAUCACCAUCUUCUGGAACUGGAAUGUCGCCUGCGUACCCAAACAGUGAGCCAAGUUCAGAUUCCUUGAAUACUUAUAAUUCUGUAGUACUGGAUCCGAGUGUGGGAUCAUCAGAUACCUCGGCUUUGUUGAGUGCACAACAACAACAAUUGCAGCGUCAACAGCGACAGCAGCAUCAGCAACAACAACAACAACAGCAACAGCAGCAGCAGCAACUAAGCACAAGUUUAGAAGAUAAUUGUGCUUCAACCCUGAUAGGACAAUGCAUGGAGGCAUUGAAUAAUCAGACACAAAUUGACGAAUUUACUAUUGAUAAUUUUCACGGUGGCAUCGAGUGCAAUAUUGAAGAGUUACUUCAACAAGAAAUGAGUAUCGAUGGCCUCCUUGAUAUCAAUAUUCCGUUGGCAACACUCAACACACAGCAAAGUACAACGACUCCACUGCAACAAAAUCAUCAUCAGCCAACGAACAACAACAACAAUGCAGGUUCAUCAUCUAUCGAUUUACCUCAGAGUCAAUCAACAAACAACCACACGAGGGUACAAUAUUCACAAGCCAGUGUGACACCACCAUCAUGGGUUCAUUAAUCAUAAACAAAAUUAUAAAUAAUAUUAAUUUUAUUAUUGUUGAUCUUUUAAAACUCCUCUUCAAAAAAAAGAAUAAAUAAAUAAAAAAAAUUAAACGUAAAAGUUACAAAAAUUAAUAAUUUAAAAAAAACUAGCGUUAAGAGUAAAUAAAUAAUAAUAGUUAUAAUAAUAAAUAAAAAAACUAUUCAAUAAAAAUAAAACCUUUUACUAUCUAUAUUGAAUUUAGCUGAAAGUUUCAUAUAGAAAAAUUAACUUAAUUUAAGAAUACAUAUAAAAUAAUAAAUGAAUAAUAAAAAUUUUUAAAAUGAACACAAACAAAAUUAUUGUAAUCAUGGCUGCUUCGACUUCUAUAUAAAUUGUAAUGGAAUAAAAACUUCAAAAAUCUAAAACAGAAUUUAUUUAAACACAA